UGUCAGCCACUUUUUUUCUCCCCUCCACACAUCUCACCCUAAUUUUAACUCACCGAAGCAAUAGUUGUGUCGACUAACCUGUUCGUCUGUUUAAUUCGUCGACGAUGUUUGUGAAUAUUCGCGAAAUUGAUAUUUUCAUUGUCAAUUAACGGAUAAUAAGAGAGUACAGUUUGCAUUUGGUGUGAUAAAUACGUAAUGAACACUGGCAUAUUGCAAUCGUUAUUGUCGUUAGUGAUGCAGUGCAUAACGAUUAUUUGAAAUAUCGUACCAUAUUUCAACUAUUCAAUGUAAUUUAUUUAGUGAUUCAAUUGUGAUUCAGUUAAAUAACUUUCACUGUUUUAAUUAUUGUGAUUACUGGGUCAAUGAAACAAUGACAAGUAGCCAAAGUCCACACGAUUAUUCUUUGACAAUAAGACAAGAGAUUCAAAGAUUCGAGAGUGUACAUCCAUCGAUAUAUGCUAUUUAUGAUCUGAUUGAUCUCAUAAGUGACACUCAUGUUUCUAAACAAAUUCGGGAACAUGUUGUGGCAAUUGAAGAUUCAUUUGUAAACAGUCACGAAUGGACGCUCUCGAGGAACGUACCAGAGCUUCACCUGGGAAUAAUCGGUUCCUGUGAUUCUGGUAAGUCAGCACUAGUUCACAGAUACCUGACUGGUUCGUUCAUGCAUGAGGAAUCACCUGAGGGUGGUCGUUUCAAAAAAGAAGUGUUUAUAAACGAUCAGAGCCAUCUUCUACUCAUUCGCGACGAGGGUGGAACACCAGAGGCUCAAUUUGCCGCCUGGAUUGACGCUAUUCUCCUCGUAUUCUCCCUCGAGAGUGAGGAGAGUUUUUCAAUUCUCUGCAAUUAUUACAAAAAAAUGUGUUCAUUCCGAAAUAUGUCUGACGUUCCAAAAAUUCUUGUGGGCGUCCAAGACUCGAUAAACGAUACAAAUCCACGAGUCAUUAAGGACGUUAGACCUAGAAAGCUAUCAUCAGAGCUGAGGUGUUCGUAUUACGAAACCUGUGCCAUUUAUGGUCUGAAUGUUGAACGAGUAUUCCAAGAUGUCUGCCAAAAAAUCAUCCAAAAAUCCGGUACAAAUAAAAAUUCAACACCAUUGGCAGCUUCACGUUGCAAUGGCCAAAAUACAACAGAUAAUGAACCUAAAUACUCAAUGCCUGUGAUUAAAACAUCACUGGCACAUGCCAAAGAGGAUACCUGCAGUCCCUCCAAGGUCAUACCUGAUAAAACUGAUGAUUUUUUGAGACCAACGCAGGAUAACAUUCCCCAGUGUGAUACGAUGACAAACGAUAGUUUUCACGAUUUUAGAAGUUCCAUUUUAACGCCAACGACAAUCAGAAAAUUCAGGCGAAAAUCAAAUAUUUUUACGCCAUCAAAAAAGGAGAAAUAUAAUAUGGGAGAGAUGGGAGUGGGUAGGGAGAUACCUGUUAAACAGGGAUAUCUAUUCAAGAGGAGCAGUAAAUCGUUGAAAGAGAGGAAGAAGAAGUACGUUACUCUCCUCGAGGAUGGAAGAUUGACUUAUCACAGUAGUUUACACGAUUAUAUGAAUGACACCAAUGGAAAAGAGAUUCUCCUUCAGUAUGUGACAGUUAAAGUUCCUGGUAAAACACCCAAAGGAUCCAAGACAGUGGCCACCAUCGACGAUUGCUUCGAAUUUUCGAUAAUCUCGUUGGAGAACAAGAGUUGGAACUUUGAGGCGAGCAAUGCUGAUGAUAGAGAUCUGUGGAUUGCUGCCAUUGAACAACAGAUUCUGUCCAGUCUACAGAAUUCAGAUGGUGAUAAGAAGAAUGAGACUGAUGCCUUCAAGAUGAUGUGUAUUAAGAAUAAAGUCUCUGGUAAUGAUGCUUGUGCUGAUUGUGGUGCUUCACAUCCUGACUGGGCGAGCUUGAAUCUUGGUGUUCUUGUUUGUAUUGAGUGUUCGGGUGUUCACAGAAAUUUGGGAUCUCAUAUCUCCAAAAUAAGAUCAUUAAAUUUGGAUGAUUGGUCGGCUGGACAGCUGAGUGUUAUGCUGGCACUGGGUAAUGAUAUUGCUAAUGGAGUUUGGGAGUAUUGUCUGGGUGGUAAGAUCAAACCAUCUGGAGACUCCAGCAGAGAAGCGAAGGAACAGUGGAUCAGGUGGAAGUAUGAAGAGAAAAAAUUUCUUCCACCAGCGAAUCCCAAUAUAUCGUUGGGAAAACUUCUCAUUGAUUCUGUCUGCAGAGGAGAUAUGAGAGCAUUCACACUUUGUCUGGCCCGAUGCACUUACGAAGAUGUUAAUAUAUCUGUGAGCGCUGAAGACCUGAGGACUCCUCUUCAUCUUGCCUGCGCCACUGGCAAUUUGGCAAUGGCACAAUUGCUUAUUUGGCACAAAGCCAAUCCUCAAAAUCUUGAUCACGAAGGCCGUACCUGUAUGUCAUACGUUCGAGCAUUGGAAAGAACUCUGGACAACACAACAGACUCCAUGGAGAUGCAAAAAUUACUGGAAGUUCUUGAACAGGCCAGUAUAUCGAGUAUGGACGAUCCAGAAACAACACAGUAUUAAGUAUUUUCUUUUCACUAAACUAAUUAACAGGGAAAAUGAAAAAAAUUGGUACUUACGUAAGGAAUAACUCCACCGAAUUUUUAAUUGUAUUGAUUUUUCCAAGUUUUUUUUUUGUGUUUCAUGGAAGAUGAAGGAGAAGAUGGAAUUUUAUUAUUUAUAUGUACUGCUUGGCUGUUUUUACUCACCUCUGAUGCUCCAUCAGAUCUGAUUUUAUUGUUUUAAUGUAUUAAUUUUUCCCGUAGUAUUUAAACAAAUUAUUUUUUAUGAAUUUUCACUGUAUCGAUAUGUGUAGAAAUGUUUCAAUCGUAUCUGAAAAUUUUCCAGGUGAAAUACUGAACAAUAUUUCAAUUAUUUACGUGUUUAACAAAUUAUUGCGAUCGAAUUCACGUCAUGUACAUCGGUAUAUCUCAUUCCGAUACGAUUUAGAGUUCAAUAAUCAACGAAAGUUAUGGAUAACUCUCGAAAGUAGAAGUAGAUGCAUCAGAUUUGGUUGUUGCUCAAAUUUUCAUCUCUCUCUCUUACUUGAAAAUAAAUUGCAUAAUAUCUAACACCUACGUGAAAUUUAAUGGAAAACAAUUAAGAUGUAGAUUAAAAAAUAAAUUCCAAAGCUGAUGAAUCUACAGGUAAUGAAUAACGCAUCACAAAUUGAAAGUGAAAAAUGUAAUAAUUUAUCAAUUUAUUCGAGUGUAGUUUUCGUCAAUGACUGAUCAGUACAAAACACUCAUGAAAGAAAUUCUAGUUAUAUUUAUACAUUGAAUGUAUCGAGAAAUAUGUGCUUAUACAGUUCUCAUGUUGAUUAAAUAUAUUGUCAUAUAUAAUUAUUCUAAAA